AUUUUUGAAUGUGAAACGAUGCAAGCUUAAUAUGGUUUCAACUUUCAAUGAAUACAUGUUAUUACUAAAACGGAAAUGUCAAUAUCAACUUUUCCCGGAAGCAAUUCAAUGAAUUCAGUUAUUCCAGGGGUGAAAAGCAUUUUGGAGACUACAGUUGCUGGAACUAAAUGAUCCAUUGUCUCGUGCAAUUUUGUUUACUUACAACUCACUUAUAAAAUCAAUUUUUAGUGGAAGGAACAUUGAUAUUUUCACCCUGGAGCAUACUAUCACGUAUGUUGUACAAUGUAUGUUCUUCACAAGAAUUUGUUUGGGGCUAAAGUGCAAUCUCAAACAUAAAACGUCUAUCAGUACACGUAGGACAUAACUCGACCGAUCAUACAGCAUUCAGUAUGAAUUCUUUACAGGCCACGAAGACAUUUGGAGUCUUAAUUGAGAGUGUAGGAAAACCAAGUUUUAAUACGGGAAGAUGGAGCUCGCGGGUCGCUGCUGCAGUGAAAACACCACAAGAAAAAGUAAACGUAGAAUAUGACAAUGCUAAACCUUUUAGUGACAUCCCCGGGCCUAGAGGACUGCCAGUGUUUGGAACACUAUUCCAGUACACCCGGGGACCCUACACAAUUGAUACUUAUCCCGAUGCUCUUAUUGAUAGAUACAAGGAAUAUGGACCGAUAUUUAAAGAAACAAUUGCUGGGAACACAAUCGUUCACAUCUUUGACCCUGAAGAAAUCAAGAAGUUAUACGCGAUUGAAGGAAAGACCCCACAUGUACCGCCUCUGCUAGAGACGAUGCAAAUGUACAGAAAAUACAGAGACAUGUCCCCCGGACUUGGUAAUGUCAAUGGUGAGGAAUGGUACCGUCUUAGAAGUGCAGUACAACAGAUGAUGAUGCGUCCAAAGUCGGCAGCUGCGUUCCUUCCUCUCGUUAAUGAAGUCGUGGAUGACUUCAUAAUCAGGAUAAACCAAAUAAAAACUCCAACAGGAGAGGUGCUUAAUAUAAACAAUGAACUCCUAAAGUUUACGUUAGAAUCUGCGACCUACACAUGUUUUGAGAAAAGGCUAAAUACGUUGGACGCUGGCGAAGAGAGCCACACGCAAAAGAUGAUAAAUUGCAACCAUACAUUGUUAGAACUGUCCACCAAACUGAAGUUCAAACUGCCUUUGUUCAAAUACAUCAGUACCCCUAUGUGGAAGAAACUGGUGGACGCUGAGGAUUUCUUUUACAAGUUUGGACAAACCCUAGUUGAUGAAACAGUGGCAAAGAUAAAGGAACUCUCUGAAUGUGGGGAAUUACAAGAGGGAAAGUAUGACUUCAUGGCUUAUUUGUUAGGCAGGAAAGAGCUUACUUAUAAAGACAUCAGCAUUGUAACACUGUCGCUGUUUGCAGAUGGUCUAAGCACGACGGCUCCAAUUCUGGCUUGGCAACUGUAUUGCCUUGCAAAACACCCAGAUCAACAAGAGAAAGCAUUCGAGGAAGUAAGAAAUUUAUGCCAUAAGGAUGAACCUAUUACAGCUCGAAUGAUCGGGAAGAUGCCGUAUCUUAAAGCGUGUAUCAAAGAAAGUUUCAGAUUCUUCCCAAUAGGCCCCGAUGUGUCUCGGGAACCCACCAGAGACGUUGUUGUGAGUGGUUAUCAAAUCCCUGCUGGGACCAAUCUAAGUUUGAACAAUAACCUCCUCUUAAGGCUACCUGAGUUUUUCUCAGAUGCUGAAAAAUAUAUACCAGAAAGGUGGCUCAGAGAGGGUUCGGGAGAAUCUGUACAUCCGUAUGUACUGACGCCUUUUGGACACGGUCCCCGGAUGUGCGCCGGGCGUAGAUUCGCAGAACAGGACAUCCAUGUGUUACUCAUAAAGCUUUUACUGAACUUUAGAAUGGAAUGGGGUUCAGAUAAAGAACUGGGGAAAAGAUUUCGAAUAUUGUUCACACCGGACAGGGAAUCUUCAAUAAAAUUUAUUCCACGUUAUUGAGAAGGGAUAUACUGUAUGUAACGGCCUGAUCACAAAAGCAAACACGAUGCAAAAUAAAUGAAAUUUCAUGCUCUUUGAAUGAUUGGAAAACCCAUACUUGACUAUGUAAAAGGUAUUCAAUUUGAAACAAAAUACCUUGUAUACAAAUGAUAGUCUAGUCUAUUCGAAAAUUUGAAUCAUAGUACAGGGUGACACAAAAGACCGUAUCUGUUCAGAAAACUUGAAUAUCUUUAAAAAUUGAAUAAAGGUAAAAACUGUGCAAAUCGAAGUUGUUGUUUUUGUAAAUUACACACAGAAUUAAAAUAUGC